CGAAAACAUCACCAAUGCUUGCUCAAUUGCCAUGCAGGGAUGAAAUGUUUGAAAAAAGGAUGAUGAUUCUUCUAGUCAGACGAUUUGUCCUUUUUUGGAUAAGAAAGAAGAAGGAGUCACUUUAUUUUUGCACAUCACUCAAUCGCACACUCUAGAUUGUCAAUUUUUCAAAACUAAGCCAAUUUACCAUGAAUACCUCAAACAUUACCAAGAACCAAUCUGUUGGGGACAUGAGCGAUGUUACAACUGUUGCAUCAUCUCUUGGAGGAUCGUUCCCGCCUUCGCCCGCUUCCUCUGUUGCAUCCGAGUCGGUUCGAUCCUGGAUGGACACCGAGCUUGUUGAACCUCAUGUUGGAUACAAGAAGGUGCUUGUCACCGGUGGAGCUGGCUUCAUCGGCAGCCAUGUGUCGGAAUACCUUCUCGCUCGUGGAGAUGAUGUUGUGAUCAUUGACGAAAUGAAUCACUACUACGACGUGAACAUAAAAGAAUCGAACCUCAAGCUUCUUAAAGAAUCCUAUCCAGAAGAGGGUCGAGUAACGAUUUACCGCGGUGACAUAUGCGACAGAGAUCUUUUAGAAAGAAUAUUCGAAACAGAAAACAUCAAAUGGGUUUGCCACAUGGCUGCACGUGCGGGUGUCCGUCCUUCGAUUCAAGAUCCUUUUGUCUACAUUCACUCGAACAUCAACGCUACAACCCAUCUAAUGGAACUGUCGCACAAGCAUGGCAUACAAAAUUUUGUCUUCGCCUCUUCCUCAUCUGUAUACGGGGGCUCGAAAUCCACCUUUUUCUCCGAAGACGAGGUUGUCGAUCAUCCGGUAAGCCCUUAUGCCGCCACCAAAAAAGCAUGCGAGCUUUUGGGUUAUACCUACCACCACUUAUACAAUCUGAAGGUAACUGGCUUACGAUUUUUCACCGUGUACGGUCCGCGCGGACGACCGGAUAUGGCCCCAUUCAAGUUCACAGAUCGUAUCUAUCGUGGCGUCGAGAUGCAACAAUUCGGCGACGGCUCCUCGAGUCGUGACUACACAUACAUUUCCGACAUUGUCGAUGGUGUAGUCCGUGCGAUCGAUCGCCCUUACGACUACCAGAUCUUCAACCUCGGAAAGGGCGAUGGUACAUCACUGAAGAAAUUCAUUGGCUUGGUACAAAAAUACGUCGGCAAGAAGGCGAUCAUCAAGGUCCUCCCCGAUCAACCCGGUGACGUCCCGUACACGUGUGCCGAUGUCGCGAAAGCCAAACACUUGCUUGGCUACAAGUCAAAGGUGUCGUUUGAAGAUGGAAUCAAACGAACCGUGGAUUGGUACAAACGCAGUUAUGCCACACAAAAUAACGAACAAAAGAAUGAAUGCCAACAGACAAUACCUGUGGUGCAAAUGGCACAACUUGCUGUCUAGUGGGAAUGGUAUCGACUCGGUAGAUACAACUGUAUACUAGCUUAAUUAAACGAAGAAAAAGGAUUGCGUUACCGGUAAUUUUCUACUUGUUCUUGAAAGCGAUAUGAUAAAGGUAUUCACACAGU